CAAACGCUCUUUCUGUGUUGUCGUGUCGAGUCGUCGCCAGCGAAGUCGGAGUGUUGUGCUCAAUCGUCAGUAGUGCAGUGCGCGCGUGUCGCCGCAGCUUCCAGUGCGCAUCCCAGCCCGGCUGGCAGCCGCACGCCGCACGCCGCACGAGCGAGGCACAGAACUCGCGCGGCCUCCGGGGGCACUGACCGACGGCGACGCGCGACGGCCGAGAUCGUCGUAGGAGCCGCGGUAGUCCGCGGUACACUCGCGCGGAACCAGCAGCGAUCCGUUCCUCUCGAACCGUUUGUCUGGUGAAGGUGUAUACCGGACAUCCACAAGUUACAUAGAGCCGCAGCGGCGGCGGCAUGGAGUGCGGCGUGGCGGCGGGCGGGUUUCCCGCGCGGCCCCCGCACCCCGCGCACCCCGACCACCCCGGGCACCCCCCGCACCCCCCGCACCCAGCGCACCCCGCGCUCUCCCCCACGGAGCGCUCGCCCGCCAAGUCCGGCCUCCACGUCAACUUCAGCGACAAAGGAGAGGUGAAAGAGCGGCGCGAGAAGUUCCUGACCGCGAAGUAUGGCAGCCACCAGAUGGCGCUCAUCCGCAAGCGGCUCGCUGUCGAGAUGUGGCUCUACGACGAGCUGCAGAAGCUGUACGAGACCGCGGACAGCGGCGGGACAGGCGGAGCGGCGGGCGGGGGGACGGGGUCGGGGUCGGGGUCGGGCGCGGGCGCUGGGUCGCAGGAGGUGGAGGUGGACAUCGACGAGCUGCUCGACAUGGACAGCGACGACCACCGCCGCGCGCACCUCGCGACUUUACUAGCAGAUGCCAAAAAGCCACAAAAGGAUGUAAAUAAAUUCAUUAACGACCUCUUAGAAAGAGCGAAAACACUGUAGAUAAUUUAAGGACAACGGAAUGUAAUCUCUGCAGCGAUAGCAACGUGAAGCGAGCGUAGCGAGCGCGACGCGACGCCGCCUCCAUAAACGCUCGAGGUGUAAUAUCUACUGUGUAAAUACGGACGGCGAUGUGCGAGCGAGCUGACUGAUAUAAUACAUUAAAAAUUUAUUGGGCUUAGAUAUUUUAGCGCGCGCGACCGAAGAUUACAAUUACGAGCAAAAUUUUAAACGUUUUAUAAACGAAAUCCUGCCCUGCCAUUCCGAAUGGCUUUACUGUCAACUCGUUAAUGAUUUUUAAUGUCGUAUAUUCUACCUCGUGAGUCAACAAUACCGUCGUCGUCGGCGACCUCUCACCUCCGUGAACCAUGUUUAUAGAAUUAGAAAAUAGUCAAGGAGCCGCGCGUUCCUGAUCAUCUAGGAUUUCGGCUAAGUAGACUAAGUAGUUAAGGCUAUUUUUUAUGUAAGUAAUAUAUCGACUCGGCAUUUAUUUACCGAUAUUAAAAAACUGAUGUCGAUCGUCAUGCCAAGGGGUAAGAUAAUUUUGGAAGCGAACAAGUCUAGUGCAAUAAACAUAUCAAUAUAGUUGCAUUUUUUGUACAUCGCCUGACUGACGCGGGAUAGAGGCGCGAGCGCGGGUGUGGCGGGAUCCGAGUGACACUGCGUGGAAUAUCGGAACUUGUCUGUACAGUACAGCCAUACAUACACACUGACCAGCACACGGUCGGAGACAGCUGUGAAUGAAGCUUGCCCGUCGCCUUCCCCCGAUCCAUCGUCAGGAUCAAAGGCCCAAGCACGAAUUUUUGACAACUCCGUAACGUAUUUAUGAAAACUAAGCUCCCUAUCCGACGUAACAACAGACUAGCUUUUCUCAUACAAAAUUUGUCGUUAACGGUACGAUUACGGAGUUGUCAGAAUUAAAAUUACGUGCUCGGGCUUCAGGACGUUCCUGGACGCGCAGAGCGCAUUUUGUUAUAUUACACAAACUGUGUCAUUGAUUCAAUUAUUGUGAAGAGUAUUCAUUAUGUCAUGUGUUUGACACAAAAAUGAUACAACCUACACGAGGUUUGUGUGUUAUUGACUACCUACAAGUAUUGGUUAUUGUUUCAUUGUAAUUUUAACUAUAUUAAUUAACGAGCUAAAAUUUAUCGGACAUUGAGUAUGACAUGUAUUACAAAGCGCUUAAAUAUGUAUGUUAAUAUAAUAGUUAUGUAUGUUAAAGUAAUAAUUAAUUGUGUUAGAAAUCAUCUACUGUGUUAAUUUUUUGCCAAAAGCAUAGUUUUCAUUAAUAGAUUCAGACUCAGGUCACAUUCAUAGAUAGAACUUUGAUGUACUUGGUAUAUGCAGAACAUUUCUAACAGCCGAUAAUCAAACGGUUUGGCACUGCACCAGUGCGUUAUCAUCUGAUUCUAUUUUUCGGAUUUCCCUACCCGCGUGAUCUAUGACAUGAUUCUGUACAACUUCUCAGCGCGCUUGGCAGGACACUGGAUAUAAAAAUUGAUGAUUCAUAUAUAAUGCGGAGCUGCCUAUUUAAAAUGUGUUAUGGUUUUCGCUGUUUCCUUUUAUUUUACGUUACUUGCGAGUGUUGUGGCGAAACUGACGCAAUAAUAUUUGUAUUAAACAAGUCAAAAGGGCUCCUUAGUCUAUGUCUAAUGUUAAAUGACUGUAUACGGAGCCCAUCGUAAGUAGUCUUAGUAGCAAUUUGAAUAUUAACAUUCACGUGUGAUUCGGGCCUGAACUGAAAUCAACGAAGAAUUAUUAUAAAUAAGUGAUGUUUGUAAUAGAAGCGAUUUAAUAUUUGGCACCGAUGCGUGUUGUGGUUGUAUGGUGUCAGCUGCAGUAGGAGACUGUCGUGCGUCGAGUGCGUGACGCUGACGGUGUGAGCGGCGCCCGGCAGCUCCCGGGCCUGUGCACUCUCCAUCUAAACAUGGCUACAAUUAAAUGGCAUUUUUGUAAUAAACCAUUUUAUAA